UAUUACCCAGAAGCAGUGGAUGCGGAUGCAGCAUUCCAGGCGCGCGAAAUCGCAGCAGUGGGGCUCAGAGCGAAGCCAGAGAGUGGCGUCAUAGCAGUCGAUAAACAAAGCACUGUCAAGUUCGCUCGUGAGCAAGGCCAGGAUCAUAUUGCGCGUCUUCUACUAGUAAUCGUCAAUGACAGUGCUCCACAACUGAAUAUGAACGAGUGGUGCACUUCGGAUAAUCCGCCAGUUCACAACCUGAUUCUUGGCACUGAAAGAUCUACUCCAGAGUACCGUCAUUCAAGUCCACCACUGCCAGCAACAGAUGAAUUUGCCGAAAUUAUGCCACAGUUCGACGCUAGCUUUGUUUUUCAACAAAAAUUUUGCCGAUUUUCGAGAAGUGAAGAAGCGGCUUUUCCCAAUUUCACAACAGACCAACUUGAUGUUUUGCUAAACUGA